UCUCUCUCUCUCUCUCACAUUUUCUCACACUUACAUCUUUCGUCUGCAAUUUCUGCAAUGGAAGUUGUGUUCUUGUUGAUGAUGGUCCUUUUGAUACCCACCCAUUCUCGAACUACGCAAUUCCAGGAUAACCCAGGUGCUGGAAUUCUGUUUUUUUUUUUUCGUGUUCUAAUCUAUAAGUUAUGCCUUUGAAACUAUUUGCUGGAUAUUUUUAUUACUUACUGUGUUCUCUGUUUUCCUCAGUUAAUGAUCCGAGUAGAAGAACAAGUUCACGUAGUCGGCUUUCGAGACCGCUAAUCGGACGUGAUGGGAAGGUUUAUGCUUGCUCUUACAAAGAUUUACUUGCAUUUGAAUCCAACGGGUCCAUUGCUUGGACCAUGCAUUUGAACUAUACCUGCAACUCCGAUAUGGCUCCGGUCCACGGUGGCAGAGGUAAGGUACGUGCGUUUCUUGAAACUGUCGGGUCCGGCAUCUACAGAAAGCAGAGACAAGGCGGUUUUCAUAGGAAAGACCAACAUUUUCAACUUUUUUUUUGUUUAUAUGUGAAACUGCUUUGGCAGAUAUAUCUGGUUGCAGGUAACAAGGUGAUUAAAAUCAAUUUGUUGAACAAUGGAACUUCUGAACCGUCUGCACAAGUUUUGCUAAGUACUGAGCGAACUAAAGACGAACAAGGUGGGGUUGUUGGGAUUGCAGUUAGCACAUCGAGUUCAUCUAUCUUUGUAAAUGUCAAAAAUCGGGGACUCUUCGCGUACAUGACACGGGGGCAGUUGGUCUGGAGUGCGGGACCUGUCAUCGAUCUAUUUGGUUAUCGCCAAGGAUGUCGGAAGAACAAUGCAGAUUGUUAUUUCAACUCCGUCCCUGUGAUUGAUGAAUGCGAGGCUAGUAUAUAUAUCUCGAAUACUGAAGGUGAAAUCUACUCGCUAUCAAUUCGUAGUCCUCACUUCAAAUGGAUCCAGGAUUUAAGUUCUUACGAUAAAGUUUUCACGAUAACCGCUGGAAACAACGGUAGAUUGUAUGUUACUGUACCAGUUAAGGCUCUAUUGUUGGCGCUAGAUGUUUCUUCAGGAAAUGUGUUGUGGGAGGGAAUUAUUGGUCCAUUAAGUAACUCAGACUACACGCCGAUUGUUGAUUCUAAUGGUUGGAUAUCUAUUGGUUCCUUGGAUGGGUUCCUAUACUCAUUUUCACCAACCGGGAUUCUCAAGAAAUUCUCAAUAACAACCGCAGUGGACUCGGUGAUCCAAGUCAGUCCUGUACUCGACUGCACUGGUUAUGCAAUUUAUAUCUCUCAGACGAAGAUGGAAGGGAAGAUCAGCCAUGCCGUAGGUGAAUAUACUUAUGUGUCAACAAUGAAACCGAAAAGUGUUCAUAUUACCUUGUAUGUUCCAGCCACCGGAUCCAUCUACUGGUCCGAUAGCUAUCCUGGUAAUUUUGUUUAUGUGAAACUGGAAAUCCAUUGGCAUGCCGUUCCACGCGUAAGGCCUAGCUUGGCAAUUUCUUCGACGCUCGUUUAUAUUUCACUUCUUUUGCAAAUCUUGAACUCGAAGGAUUUCAGCUGCCAGUCCUUCCUGUUUUUGUCCCCAUCAGGUAAUGGAAGGGCAAUACUUUUGUUCCUGCUUUUCGAAUCUGCAAUCUUGGUACUACUAGCUGGACCAGUGCGAUUCUGCUGCAUAUUCUGGAGUAAAAGGAAGCUUCAAGGCGAAAAAAACCUCGGAAGUUUUCUUGAAAAGAGAAAGACGUUCGACAGGACGAUCACAGAACUCGAGCAAAAAGCCGCGGUCGAAGCAGUAACCAACGCACAAGUGCUUGAGAAACUGUCAAAUCUGUUACAGAAAAGGCAAUUCAUAGAGAGGAAGCUCUCAACAACAUAUAGUUUGGGCAGAGAUGGCGGCAGCAGCUCGCGGUCGAAAUCUCUUCUUCCAUCAUACGACGGGAAGAAAACAAGGAGUGUAAUCCACACAUUGAGUGAUGCAUCAUCGUCCUCCAGAGAAAGCGGCAGCAGCGGCGAAGGAGGAGAGAGUGAGUGGAGUUGCUACGAAAGCAAGGGGAAGGCAGCUGCAAUGGAAGAAGAGAGUAGUUCAAGUGAUGGCUUAGGGUUUCUGGCAAAGACAAGUGCAUCAAAGGCAGCUGCAUCAAGCCCUAGAGAAUCUGAACCAAAUAUAAUGAUUGGCACCAGUAGGAGCUUGUCGCUGAAGAGGAGAAGGGCUUUGUCGUCAACUAAUUAGAAACUAGGUUGGAAUUGGAUCACAACUGAAGAUUAGAAGAUCAAACAGUUUCGAUUACGA